AUGGAGAAAUGUUAUCGGGCUCUGCUUCCUAGAAAUAUGCUAAGACCUGUUACUGAGGCUAAUGCACGCAGUGGGAACGAAACCGAACCAGAAUCCAAGCUGGUAAGCGCGUGCGAUAAGGAACGGCCAUCAUGUACGCGUUGCGACAAACAAGGCAUGGAGUGCGUAUACAUCACUAACGCUGGCGAAACCCGAUCUUCCGCGUUUAAGAGGAAAUACAACUCACUGGAAGAAGAACUGGACACUCUACGGACGCUCUUCAGCUACGUUCAGACUCGUCCUCAAUCUGAGGCUCAAAACACCCUCAUGUCUGUCAUUCAGUUGUGCCAGGACCCUGCCGAGGCAAUACAGCUAUUUCUCACACAGGGCGAUGGGGCUACAGAGAUAGAGGAAUUCGCUGAAGCAGAAGUAUCUGAGAGUUUCAUAACUCCCACGUGUAGUGAAGCACAUCCCUUUCUAGCAAAGCACUUAGUCCAUGUUCAGGCUCGGCCCUGGACUACAGUUGCUGGAGACGCUAUAGUGUCACAAAUUAUAUCGCAAUUUUUCAUUGAUGAGCGACCACUUGCCUUACCUAUUGUGGACUUUACUGUGUUUAUAAGAGAUAUGACACAGGGUGACGGCCCAUUUUUCCUGAGCCGUUUACAUUUGAUCCUACAAGAUGGAUAA